AUGGGAGGCGCAUCGUUCCAGGUCGGGUUGCUGGCCCUCCUGGUCAGUGCGGCCAUCGCACGACCAGCCAACUCUGGUUCCAUCGCAGACGUUGAUUGCAACGGCCACGGGAUCUUCUAUCAGGAGGAAGCGGCCCUCGGGGUCACAGCCUGUGCCUGCUUUCAAUGCUACACCGGCCCACAUUGCUCGACCCUCCGCGGCAACUGCUCGCUCGAGACGCGCGUGGCUGAAGCCGCCCUCUUUCAAACAUGGUUUGAUCACGUCGAUGCUGAUCUCAGCAUCACCGUGCAGCGUGACUACCACCUGCCAUACAUGAAGACGCCGCGCAGCUUUCCCCCAAACGCCGAUCCCAGCGACUACGACAGCCUAUCCCUCCUCCUCAACUCCAGCAUUCAUCGACUCCAUCAGCGCGUGGGCAACGUGGACACUUCUGGCAUGACCCUCUUGAUUGGUGCCGGGGGUGUCCAGCUCAUCGAUGCCGCCCUCUAUGCCUUGACCCAGCGCAAGCCUCAGCCCGAGUACAUGCAUGUUUAUGCCCAACCCCCCUUUUAUCCACACUUUCACCAAGCCUCCAAUAUCAACCCUCUCACAAACUUUACCCAGGAUCUGACAUCCCUUGAUCGCAGCACGCUCAUCGAGGUCCUGACCACGCCCAACAACCCGGACAACGAGCGCAAGUACCCCGCCGCGCCCGACGCUGCGGCCCGCAUCACUGACCUGGUCUACUACUGGCCUCAGUACCUCGACAUUAAUGAAACCUUUGCCGAUGAUUUGAUGAUCUUCUCGCUCUCCAAACUGGCUGGCUAUGCCGCUUCACGCAUUGGCUGGGCCUUUGUGCGAGAUAGUCAGGUGGCUGCAACCAUGAGCAAUUACAUGUGGCUACAAUCUACCGCUCCCGCUGUGGAAGCGCAGCUGCGUGCCGUCAAGCUUCUUGAUGCCAUCGUUGAUCAGAAAGACGUCAAUGGCCUCGACUUUUUCACCGCCUCCCGCGCCUUGCUGUCGGAGCGGUGGCGGCAGUUGCGCUCCCUCUUCACCGCCUCUGACAGCUAUCGUCUGGCGGGCCAGGACGGAGGUUUGUUCAUGUGGAUUCAAUGUCUUGAUCAGCAAGACCAACUUGACUGCGCCGCUCCUUUUGCCUCGGUGGGCAUCACCACCGAGACUGGCGUCCCCUAUGGCAGCGAUUCCAGCCACCGCGCCCAAGCGAUCGUGCCCGCUAGUACCCAUCGGGGGGACAACUACUGGCAAAUGACCCGUCGCCUCAACGCAUAUCUUCCUCGCUAUGCUCUGGACCGACAUCAACUCAUCGACUGUGAUGGUCUGACCGUUGAUACCCUGCACAUGGUGGAACGUGCUUUGCGUCCUCACCAGGCCCAGGCACUUCAAAGCCUGUACGAGGACCGAAAUGAUCCGCGCCGUUGGGCCAUCACGGACGACCUCGAGCUUCAGCAGGCACGCGAAGUCGAGGUGGCAGCCACGUCCGCCGCCUCACACGACGUGGUUCGAGAUGGCCUUUGCCAUCGCGUCGUCAUGCAAUACGUGCACCACGUUCCCACUCUGCGUCUGGCACAAUUAGAUGCCCUUCCCCUACCGCGACUACCCGUGCGUGAGCUUGCUCCCAGUGUGCUCGCGGCCGCAACGCCCGAAGCCCACGAAGUCUUGCACAAUACCACCCAAUGCUUCAAGUGUCACCUUGUCGGCAACGCAACGGACGCUGCAGCCCGUGAGACGGACUUUGAGGCAGGGAUCCAAGCUCCAGCCUCGGGCAGCGCAGACCCGGUGGUACCUGACUGGCCGCGCGAGUUUGAUGUUCGUUUUGGUCUCUACGCCAACACGAGCACGCAGUCGUUGCAAAACUCGACCUCGCACAUGUAUUGGAACUACGACGUGCCUUCCAUGCACAUCCAGCACAGCGAAUGCCCCCCCGACUUCUUGCCGCAAAUCCCUGGCAGCAUCACGGCUGCCUGCAACCUGACCUUCCAUCUGGACGGCCUGUGGAUCACCUGGCACAACGCUUCGCAGAGCACCACGGACACGCCUCAUUGCUGUCAAGUCAUUGCAGCAGACAUGACGGACAACCUGGGUCUCAAUGAGCUGGGCGGGUUUGACUACCUUGGUAUGAUGUAUACGACUGAUCUCUGGGGUCGAGAGUUGGCAGCCCAGGCCUGGACAAACGGGGCCCAGUUUCCUAUUUCUCCAGGCUUUCACAUUAUGAUCGACCCCUCGUCCAACGAGGAUGUGCACUACUACAAUGGUGGUGCAUAUCAGCUGGAAUGGGCCCUGGGCCCGCGCAACGUGGCUCCGCAGCCCCGUGAGCUUUUUGAGUUGCCUCCGACACCCGAGUGUUUGCAAAUGUGCACACACGACAUGCCGCGGGUACCCCUGCCGCAGCCCCGUUUCUGA